ACCCAAUCUACCCCACAUGACCUUUAUAUAUACAUCCCUCUCCACCCACCCCAAAACCACAAAGCCUCUCCACCCUUCAGUUUUUCUGCCCCGACUCCCCCCAAAUAGCCAUAAAACCGCCAUGAGAAUACGGAAGCACGCCAAGAUUUCUCCAUUGGUAUACCCUUCAUCUUCGUUGAAAUCAGGGACCGUGCUUCAGACCCAUGUUUGUCAGCUGAAUCAGUCACCUUGGGAUGUUAUGAGUUUUUCGCUACCAUCACCACUGCCUCCGCCGUCGUUCCGGGUAAACGGAAACGACGAUUUUGAUAGAAAUGGGAGCUUGACAGAAUCUAUAACAGCUUUUGAGAGCAGUGCUGCGUUCAUGAAAAUGUCUACGGAUGACGUGGAGAUCGAGAAUAUGAAAUGGGAUUAUUCCGAUAGUGGCAUCAAGGGCGAUGCCGCCAUGGGCAAGGCGGAGGAAGGGGUAACAAAGAAAGACAAGGAGAAUUUUUUUUGCUGCAAAACUGAUGGGAAGGGAUGGAAAUGCAAGAGGAAGGCUGCAGAAGGGAACUCCUUAUGCGAGCACCAUUUAUCUCUAGUACGGAAUUACAAUAACUGGGCUGCACCGGCAGCCAAGAAAGUGGAUAGGGUGGUGGCUGAAUCUCGUAGGCAUCCACGGGCCAAGAAGGCUGCUUCAACGUCUAAUCCAUACGAGUUCUACUAUUACUCGGGGUUUGGGCCUCGCUGGGGCAAAAAAAGAGGCGAGAACGAUAAGAUUAGCAGCAAUCGUGAUGUACCUAAAAAUGUCGAUCAAGAACGUGAAAUGGUACAAUCCUCAUUGCCCCGAAUUGACAAUGAAGAAUCCGAUAUCGAGGAUGAGAUCGAGUAUGAGGAGGAAGACGAGGAGAGCAGCGAAUGCGGGAGCAGGAGGAAGAGAGCCCGGAAGCCGAUUAAAGCCAGAUCGUUAAAGUCUCUGAUGUGAGGGGAAAAUUUGGUGUAAAAUAAUGUGGCAUUUGAUAUAAUGGCAGGUUACUCUUUAUAGUCUUAGGUGUUUUACUUUUCAUUUUACAUGGUUUUUUGACUAGUAAUUCAGAUGCCUGUCGUUUUGUUAAUAACAAGGGUAAAAUUGUAAUUUUUAAUAUUUUAAUGCAUUUUAGCAUUUAUGUGUUUA